AUGGGCUGGGCCAAGAAGCAAUUCGGCCCAUUUUGUUUUCGGCUCCGUCCUCUCGAUUUCUCCUCCCUCGGCCGCCACGCCCCGCGGCUCAUCGUUCCCUCUUCCUCCUCUCUCCUCCAAGGAGAUAAGAAGACCGCGAAGGGGAAACGGUUCAAGCAUUCCUUGGGAAACGCGCGGCCGCGGGACAAGACGAGGGGGAGAGGCCCUCCGCGGGCUCCGGUGCCGCCCUCGCCUCCCAAGAAGGACCGCUUCGACGACGGAGAGAUCGUCAAGAUCGAAAUCGAUGAGUCCCUCUUCUCCUAGCCCUAGAGAACCCUGCUCUUCCCUCGUGUAAUUUCUCGUUAAGCUUUGCUGGCGUGCUUGCUUUCCCUUAUAAUCUGUGUUUUCGUCUGCAAGUUGGAUCGGCUAAUCUUGACUCGUUCAAAUCUCUGCUUUUGUUUUUUUUGCAUCUACCGAUCCGGAAGUUGAAAGUUACAGAAAUGACAACUCGUUUUCUUGCAUUUACGAUAGAAUUAAUGAGGAGGAUUUGUUACGAGGUUGUGCACAUGAGUUGCUUGCAUUAUUUACUGAUAUCGCAAUUAGUGUU